GACUGACGAAUGCAGAAGCCUUCCAACAUCCAACUCUUUCAUUCGUGUCCAUUCUCUAAGAGUUACAGUGAGUUACAGUCAAUAUCUUCCAGUCGAUUUUUGUUAUAUUUUAAGUGACAGACCUCACUGCAACAUGUUUUGAAUCAAGAACUGCGUGUUUUCUCACCCAAGCCAUCUUUUCUCAGCAUGGAGCGAACUAGGAGUCCAACCUAUUUGUUGAAACUUAGGAAAUGAUAAAGUAGUGUCAUGUUGUAGGCCGACAGUCAAUCACGUAUUUGCACAUUUAACAUCUCUUACUAUGGCUUCUGCGGGCUCUGACACCAGCAAAACCAAAGGGGAAAAUUCGCAAGAAGUCGAGGAGCUGAGGCGCGAAGUAGAACGCAUCAAUCGAGAACUUGAUAAGGCUAAAGCCGAGAACGAUCAAGCGGGUAAGAUUGGGUUAAAGCUGAUUGAACAAAACACCGCACUCAAACAAGAGAACAAGGAGCUUGAAACUUUGUAUGAAAACACUCGCCAUGACCUGGAAAUUACUCAAGAGGCACUUACCAAGUUUCAGUCGACACAUAAAGCAACGACCGAAACUGGCAUUGAGCAGGAAGAGUCCCUUCUGUCUGAAUCUGCAGCGUUGGAAUCAUCAUUGACUCUUCACAUAGGAGAGCUUGAAAAUGAAACUAAACAGCUACGUCAAGAACUCGAGAGGGUCGUUGGUGAGCGAGAUCGGCUUGCCCAUCAGCUACUAGAGUUUGACAAACAGCAUGAGGAAAGAGACUGCGAAAGAAAAUCAUUGCGAGCAGAAUUGAGAGAAAUUAAAUUAAGAGAAACUCGUCUCAUUACUGAAUAUUCUGAGCUAGAGGAAGAACACGUUGCUCUUCAAAAACAUGUCUCAAUUGUCAAGUCUUCUCAGGUGGAAUUUGAAUCAUGUAAGCAUGAAAUCCGUAAGCUUCAGGAAGACUUAGAGGUUUUGAAUGAACAAUUAGAAGAGCUGGCCUCACUCAAAAAGAUAGCUGAGAAGCAGUUGGAGGAGACAUUAGAAAAUCUCCAAUUAGAACGUGAAGCGAAGUAUGCUUUGAAGAAAGAGCUAGACCAGAGAAUCAAUAAUGAGUCGAUGUACAACCUAAGCAAUCUGGCGUACAGUAUCAGAGGAAAUGCAGCCGAGGGUAGUGAUGGCGAAGAUGAGCUCCCUGUAUUAAAACGCAUAGAAGAGGAUCUGAAAGAUACUGAGCUGGCAUCGCCUGAUGGUAAACAGGUUGAUCUUUUCAGUGAAAUUCACCUUAACGAGCUCAAAAAGCUUGAAAAACAACUAGAGCAGGCUGAGAAUGAGAAGGUUCAGUUGACAUCAAACCUAAGGGAUGCUCAAUCAUCUUUGGAACGAUCUCGAGGUGAACUGAGUGCCCUUAUGGCACGUAUUCUCCAAGUUGGUGCCAAUGUUGAGUCGUUGCAGGAAAUAUGCAAAAAGACCAAAGUAAAGGGAGACUCUGCUCAGUUUAAAUACUGGUUUACUAUUGCUGGUAAUGAACUUGAGAUAUUACACAAUGCCUUGAAGGAAUUAGAGAAGGAUUUGAAUUGUUCUGAUGCAACAUUACAGUUAAAAACUGAAGUGACUAACCUUAAAAACAAAUUGUGUGAUGCAGAACAGCGUGCUGCAGAAUUGGGCGGAGAUGUCAAACUUCUCAGCACUCUUGCUAAAGAGGCAAGUGACCUAAUGAGCUCUACUCACAACAAUGUCAUUACGGCUUCUGAGGAAGUUGCUCAACUCUAUCAUCAUGUAUGUACCAUCAAUGGAGAAACUCCUAGCCGGGUCUUGUUAGACCAUGAAAAGCAUGGUGAAAUUGAGACAGAACCUGAGUUGAUGGAGGGGCGGCUAGCUGCUAUGGAAAGUCUCAAAAAUAUUACUGGCUUGUGUCAUAUUACUGAGACUCUUCUUGACCAAAUUAAAUUCCUUCGCUCAGCAGUCAGUAAUACGAUUGAGAAUAAGGGCAUAAGCACAAGGCUAGUUUCAGACAUUUCAGUUCCAAAAGACUCAGAGGUGGCUGAACUGCAGGAGCAAAUAAUAAAGCUCAAAUCUCUUCUCUCUUCAAAGAGAGAGCAAAUUGCCACUCUGCGAACUGUAUUAAAGUCUAACAAGAAUACUGCGGAAGUUGCUUUGAAUAACUUGAAGUCCAAGUAUGAGAAUGAAAAGGCUAUUGUCAGUGAGACCAUGAUGAAAUUAAGAAAUGAACUAAGAUUGUUGAAGGAAGAUGCUGCUACCUUCUCAAGCUUACGUGCCAUGUUUGCUGCUCGAUGUGAAGAGUAUGUCACCCAGGUUGAUGAACUCCAACGCCAGCUUGUUGCUGCUGAGGAAGAGAAGAAGACUCUUAAUCAGUUGUUGCGUCUGGCAGUUGUUCAAAAGCUGAAUCUCACUCAACGACUUGAAGAGCUGGAAGUAGAUCGAGAACUCCGCACAGCAAGACGCCCUCCAGCAGCUGCAAGCCAUUCCACUCCACCUCGGCAGAGUAAAACGAGAUUUGCUGCUCCAUCACCAAGACAAAGAGACUAUUUCUAGGAUUUGAGCUCGGGCAGCUGCAGGCGAGCUAUUUUACUGUGGUCCUGGCUUCUUGGAAGCCGUAAAGUGGAAGAGAAAAAAUAGUUUUUCCAAAAUUAACUCUUCUCUAUAAAGGUUCUUUUUCUUCUCUAUUUUUCAUCAGUUACUUUGAACUGCCCUUCUUCUGUAGAAGUGUGAGACCAAAGGAGAACCUUGCCUGUGCUGGCCGAGUGUAGAAAUAGAGCUAUUAUUAUCUUUCUUGGAUUAGUAAUAACAGACUGGUAUUCAGAACUUCAAUCUAGUAUCCUACAACUGUUAGUUUUUAUAUGUUUAAAUUUUCCAACCAACUGACCAAAAUUAAUUUUGGCGCUCUUAUGUAAUUUGUAUAGCCAUUUUUGCUCUAGAUGCUAUGGUAUGGUGAAUUAUUUAUCAAUUUUCUAAUAAGAAGAUUGUAGGUGUAGUUUGUCCAUAAUUAUUGUGUACCUCAGGCAAAUCAUGGUCUAAUUUUCAAAAGUAUGUGCUGGUUUUAUUUAUUUCAAUUUCUUAUCUGUAUAACAUUUUCAUCACAAACAUAUUAGUCCGCCCAAAUACUGUGGUAUACGUGGAGCUCAAUUCUUAAAAAUGGUAUGGUGAAAUAACUGUUCCAGCCUGGUGAUACUUUCUAGUGUUGUGAGUUCUAUUUGGCAGCUAAGAACCAUAAUGUAUUCAAAAUUUUGUGCAGUGUCUUACUUUAAUAUCUGGUCUAAUUUCAGAUGCACAAUGCUAUGUUUGUGUCCCUGAGUGUUCCUCUGGCAGCUAUGACUAUUUAUGUCCUUUAUCAUGUUAUGUUAAUGGUGUAUAAACUUGUGCCUUGAGGACCUAUCGUCAUGAACAUUUUAUUUUGGUGGGAGGGAUUUUGUCUCUUUUCCAUCCGUCCACCAAACAUAAUUGUUGCAAAGAUACGUCCACUUUGUAUAAUGAGUGAACAACUUUGAAAGCUUGGCAUUGGGGAAGAAAGCUCAGCAAGCUGCAUUAUCUGAUAUAUGUUAAUGUUUAAAUACUUUGUUAUUGAAUUUUCUGUGUCUUGGAAAUAUGAAUAAUUCUUCUCACUUGAAUCGGCAAAAUUCUAUUGAGGAGUUAUCUCAUGGUUUGAGUCUUAUUAAUUACUUACAACCGUCCUGUUUCUAUUUAAUGUGGUUAGUGUAAGUAACUAUCAACUUUGUUGGGAGUUAUCUGCACUUUUAAACAAAAAGUUUGUUGUUAUUGUUAAUCGUUAGUGCUUGUGAUGUUGAUCCUUGCAUUAAAAGAGUGAAUAUUCUAUGUUGUCACAUAUCAGUCUGCAAAUGAAGCUUUCCAACUUUGUUUAGAAUUUUAUGAAAACUGCUAUAUCUUUAUAAUUUUUAUUUAUUUAUUUAAAUUUUUUUAAAAUUUUAUUUCAGUUACAGUUAAUUAUUUUAUUUUACUUCUUUCUUUUUUUGUUUCUAUGUGUGAUUUUGGUAAAGUUUGUUUUUUAAAGGGUAUUAAUAUCAGCAGAAAAACUGCAGAUCUUUAAAUGUGGAUUGUGGAAGCUGAGCCAAAGUUGUAAUAAUGGGGUUGUGAUCUAAAGAGGUGCCACAAUUUGUAUUAACAAACCUUCUAGGUUGUGUUUCUUUUUUUGUUCCAAUCAAACCUUAGUUAUGGAAAUCUGUUAUAAAAUUGAAUUUAAGUGUAUACUUCUGAAAUAAUUCUCCCUCUUUUGCACUAACACCUUUAUAAGGAGAUGAGGUGAAGGUUACUUGAGUAUUUUUGUUAUGAUAUGCUAGUUUGCCACAAUUUCUUUGUCUUGUACUUAAGAGAAUAUGUUGUUAACUAAUUUUCCGUCCUUAUCACAGUGCAUUGUCCCUCCGUGAGAAAAUCAAUGAAAAAUUUUCAUCAAAAUGACUGGAAAAGAUGUUAUUGUGCAAUGUGCUAAUCCCCCUGUACACCAUGAUGAUUUGUUAUUAACUUUAUCCAGCUGUAGCUUCAAGAUUCUUUGUAUUUUGUAGGGUAGCCUUUGCAUAGAUUCUCUUCUGUAGUACUUGUCUUAAACUUUAUUUUCCAUGAUUUCUUUGUAGGUGCUAGGCUGAGUAUAGAUUAUUGCUCGCUUUUCUGCUUUAGUAUUGCUGCUUGGUAAAAUAUCAGUUUAGUGACUUUAUUUCUUAUCAGUCAAGUUAUGAUGAUGUAUUUUCCAUCGCUUCAAAGAGUCUUAUUAUAAAUAUAAAGGUUAAAAUAUGCCUCUAAAACUCUAUGCCACAUCGCUUUCUAAAUAGUUGCAGUCCUGCAUAAGCAUUGCAUGUAUUGUUGGUCACUUUAUCCAGAUACCAAAAUUGUAGAGGCUCUACUAGUUGUCAUUCUUUCCAGUUCAUUUCAUAUAUUUUUUUUAAAUUAUACUCUUUUACUUGUACAAACCAAGAUUUAGUUUUCCCCUAAUGUUAAACAAAGAGGCUAUGUAAGGCUACUAUAAGACAAAGUUUUGUAGUGAUUCGUGCUGCAAUGGUAUCUUGCUUAAAAUGUGAGCCCACAUGGGCACUGUGCAUUUACUAGGUAGGAUAAUUAUUCUAGGGAGUAAUGAAACCAAUCAGAGCAACUUAUUUUUCCCCAGUCUGUAGACUUUCAAAACGGAAAGUACAUUUUAAUCCUUCAGUUUGUGGGUAAGCUCAAUAAUACCUACCCUCAAACAGAAUAAAAUUCUGCGAAUUCGAGCUUGAUUAAAGUUUUACAUUAUUUAAGUUAGCGGAAAUUGUUGUAAAUUUUUGUUAGUGAAAUUAAGUUACUCACGUACUAUUACCAAUAUCCAAUAUUCCUGUUGCUAAGUCUCUUUUGUACUAUUUGAAACUUAACGUUUUAUCCUCAAGGUAUUACUUUUUAACUUUAUUGUUUGAGUGGAUGAUUUUAUGAUGUAUAUCAAAAGCUGUUGAUUUGCUGGGGAAUCUGUUACCUAUUGUUGUAAAAGAAAAUAUUUAUAGUUAAACCCAACUUAUUUUUGAUAAGUUUGGUAUGGUAAUUUGACAAAGGACUUGUUGCUCUGCAGUUUUCAUCCAUCCUUUUCUAUUUGUUGUGCAAGUGUCAAACGCUCGAAGACGUUUUUUUUUAUACAUUUGCUAUGUGAGCUGCAAACUUCUUAUGUGCAGCAGUUUUUUGUCAGAAGCUGUAAUGUACCAGGUAAUAAACAGGAAAACAGUGA